AUGGACUUGCGAUCUUUCUAAAUAUGGCGGUUGCUCGCAACUUCGUAACUUUUGUCUUACGAUCAUUCGCGAUGAAGUCCCCUCGUUCGCCAGAAACUCUGCGAGCUGGCUCGUGGUCAUCAACUGUCCGCGCUAGUAUGUGCUUGUAAAUAGGAUCAAUGAAGAGUACACAACCGUCGGCCAGACGUUAAUGGCUGCGUUAGGACAGCUGGGUGUUACGCAGUUGUUAGUUGUCACCGAUCCGCGAGGGAGGCGAAAGGCGAACUUCAGCCGCGCCGAAAUCGACGCGUUGGUCACAGGAUACAAGACGUACAGACCUCUGAUUGAGCGACGAUGUACAGGCGGCUCCAAAGACAGAAAUCAGGCUUGGGAGUUCAUAACCAAGUCCCUGUUUGCAGUUUCUGGUGUUCGCCGGACAGCGGCAGAAGUCAGAAAGAAAUGGGCGGACUUGAAGUCAUUAAGCAAAAAAGGUGCCAACUGUGGUGCUACCGCUGGGAACCUUCUUGCUGAGGCUUCAUUAUUCAAUAAUCUCAACGAGUUUGUAAUAGGGGUGCCCAUCGAAGAGUGCUUGCUUGGCAGCAGCACAGAAGCCCCAAGUAGCACAGGAACUGAAGAGCCGAGUGAUAAUUUGAAUACUAAUGUAGAUGUCAAGACAGAACCUCCCAGCUCCCCAGGAGAGGUGUCCUGUGAUAACAAAUCAAGUGAUCCAGAGCCAGAACACGAAGAUGAGGAAGUUCCAUGCUAUAGCAGGUCAACCCAGACAAGUGAGCCGGGCUCACCAAGUGAAAGACAACCAUUUGAAGUAUCUGGAAGUCCCGAUGUGAAGAAGAUGGGAGUGGGUAGCGAAGAAGAAGAAACAAGUGAGUUGCUGAAAACGCAGAAGGAGAUACUUCAGAUGCUCAAGCGCCUUGCUAAAGCGCAAGAAAGGCUCGUUCAACUGAAAGCCUGGAAGUAUGGUGUAAAACUGACUGAAGACGGUAUUUCUGAUGAACACCAGAGUGCAGAACGCAGCAGGAAAAAUUGUCUCCAAGGGGCAACGCCACCUUCAACAUUGUGACCGCCCUUCUUGGUUUUAUUCUAACAUUUCUUUACUUUUGGCUCCCAUGGUACAAAGUUCGACUGUGCUUCAUAGCGUAAUGUGAUCUCAUCUGUUGUAUUGUGGCACGUAGAGUCGAUGUGCAAGGGUUAUAGUCGCCUAUUUUAGUGGUUUCGCCUUUAACAAAUGCUGAUCGGCUAAACAAGUGGGCAGUGGGCCUGUCGCUCCAGUUAGGUGUUGCUCUGGAUGCUCUGUCAGGAAAAAAAAAUUAGCCUUAGCUUGCACUGGAGGCACAAUGCUAAAGAGACAGCGGAGCUGAUGGGGACCUAGCUAGUCCUGGCUUUCGGGCUAGGCUAAGCACUACCAAGUCAGCCCCAGCAUUUUCUGGAAUUUAUUCAUUAUUGAUCGAGUAUUGAUUAGCUAUUGAUUGGCUAUCGCAAGGUAUUCUUCACGUAUUUGGGCUUGGCUAAGCACUACGAAGUCAUCCCAAGCAUUUCCCGGAAUAUGUUGAUUAUUGAUUGAUUAUCAGUUAGCAAUUGAUUGACUAUCGCAGGGUAUUGGCCGCAUAUUUGGUCUAGAGUCUAGACUAAGCACUACCAAGUCAUCCCCAGCAUUUUCCGGAUUAGCUAUUGAUUGGCUAUCGAUUGAUUAUCGAUGACUGAUUAAUCUUAAGUAGUCCCAACCAUGCUUAGCUAGACUUAGCCAUGCUCAGCUUCGCUAGUUCACAGCGAAGUAUGUGCCAUUGCGCUUGGACCCUUUCUGCACUACCGCCAGGAUUGGCCCACAUUCUUGGAUUCAGCAGACACAUUACGCCCGACUUAAACAGCUCCGCUGUUAAAAGGUCUUCCUGAAAGUGAACGCUCAUGUAUACGAGUUCAGUUUCUUGCAUAAACAGCUGCCUGCAUGCAGUGUGACAUCUGUGCAGCCUUUAAAACUUCGCAAUGGAACGUAUAAUUGUGGGUCUGACCAAAAAUAUAUUGAAAUUUGUUAAGGUGCCGUCUGUAUUAUUCAAAAAGAGAUGUUUUGCUAUCGCUCUCUGUGCUAAUAAGUGUCAUUUUCCUGGAUGAAAAAUCGAUCUGCUGUGAGUAUGAGGUCGCAAGCUCGAUUACCAGGUGCAUUCUAAUGGAGUCAAAAUGCAGGAAUGCUCAUGUAUCUAGCUUUUUGCACUAUUCUGUCUGUCAUACUGUGUGUUGCCUUGGAUAUUAAAUACCAUUAGUCAAUCAGUGUAGCCAAGAAAUGCAGAUAGAGUUCUGGGAAGGUAAUCUACCGAAAUAGGCUGAUUUCACACUUAUCUGCUUCCAUUUAAAGAUCCAACAUCUGAUUAUUGCAUGUGAUAUGUGCCAGAUGAAUAUAUCCUCAUUAUGCGUUGUUUCAGGCCUGUAGCCAGGAAUUUUUUUCUUGCAGAAGGCCUUGACUAUUUUAGGAAAGCACCUAUUUUUCAGUAAUUAUGUUCGGUAAAAAUCACAGUAAGUAAAUUAUGUGACUUUUUAAAUACCAUUUUAUUAAUAGUUUUAUAUUUUUAGUUUUGAGAUGAAUCUUCCUAUAGUAUCAUUGUUUUAUACGGACGAUUCGUCUCAAUAGAUUUCAUUAAUAAAAAUAAAACAGCGUUACUCAGCGCCGUAGGACAUGUGCGCAGAAGAUCAAAUUUUCGGGGGCUGCAUGGUUUGGGCCUGCGUGGUUUAUUUAUGUGCAAAGCAAAUAUAAAGGUUACUUAUCCUAAAUAGGCUAAUCAUUAUGUGAAGUAUAUCCUGUUGCAGUAUCACUACCAGUGGGCUUGUAACUAGUAUGCAAAUCUUACAGCUUUGGUCUGGAUCAUCGCCGAGUACAUAGCCGGUCCGUAGACUUGCAGUGUUGUAUCAGUGUUGGAUUUUGUGCCGCUUGGUUACAAACUAUGUUGGUUGUACUCUUGCCUCUCAAAAGUGUUUUGUUCUUUUCUUUAAUGCAUGGGUUCUCAAAGUGGGUUCCGCGGAACCGUGGGGUUCCGCAGGCCCCUGCUCGGAUUUCCGUGAGUCACUGAUAAAUUUUCCAUGGUCCCGCGCUCGCCAAUUAAGUGGCUAAAUCGGCGAACAAGAGGUGUGCUCGAUCCGGAGAACUUCCAUUACCCAUGCCCGAGUGUCAAAAAGCACAUCACAGCGCGUAACGGCAGUGCGUGAACUGCGCAAUAAAUCCGCAAGCAGCUUGCAGCCACCCAACCUUCGAAAACGGGCAGCGUGCCUAAGCUUUCGCACUUGAAUCUCGGAGGCUGUAACAUACCAACAUGCGCAUUUCUCCCGUUUGUAGAUAGGGUAGGUGCCGAUAGCAUGCGCACUGACGUAUACGUCGAAGGAAUAAAAAAAUAAAUGCGCGGAGCACCACAAAUGCGCGCCACGAAAGAGCAAAAACGGCGCUAGCGUCCAAAAACGAAUGGGCGCAAUCCGCAUCGCUAUAGGGAUCCUCAGCGGCAAUCGUACGCGAUACGUUACUGACAGCAACGCCGGAAUGCUUUGUGCUUAUCUGUGCCCUCAAAGCCCUUAUUGUUGCGUUAAUCGCCGCGCGUAACACCGCGUUGGCGGCUAGCCGCGUGCUUCCAUAAGUACGUAGUCGCCAUCUGUGAUUGCGUCGAUAGCCACCAGUUUUGUCCGCAGCGGUUGCGGCAAACAGUAGUUUCGUUUUGACUCGGUGCGCGCAUCGGCUGCGUGCCUUCAUAACUGCGUAGUCGCCAUCCUUGAUCGCGUCGAUAGCGACUGCGGAUUCGUCCAUACUUGUUGCAGCAAAUGGUAGUUUCGUUUUGACUUGGUGCGUGCGUCAGCUGCCUGCCUUCUGAACCGCAAGGUCACCGUCCAUGAUCGCGUCGAUAACGGCUGCGGUUUCGUCAGCAGCGGUUGUGGCCAGCAGUAGUUGCGCUUUGACUGAGUGCAAAAUUGUCAAAGAUUAAGAGCACCGGCUACAUCGCGAUGGACGAACGAUUUGUUGGCGACCAGCUGCCUAGCGAAAAAAUAACCAGAUGUGCGCGCGGUAGUGAAAAGCGUGUCUGCAGAUGAAGACGUGUGCCGCGGCCGCGCUGCGAAGGAUGUUGCGAGGCCUUCGCCACUGCUAGCCCCCUUAAUCAGUCAUGAGAUGACAAGAAUUUCAGCUUCCUCACUGCUUUUGUGCAAAAUAGAAACAAGAUUUGCUGAUACAUUCAGUAAAUAAAAGCGUGUUGACGUAGUAAUCAUUCAUUUAUUGUUUUCUUGAUACUCUGGAUAAUUCAACUAUAGUUUAAUUAGGACAUUUUAAUUCGGUUAAUUCGGGGAGGGGGGGGGGAGGUUUCUUGGUGUUUCAUGGAGCUUAGCAGGGUUCCCCGGAACGAACAUGCUUGAGAACCCCUGCUUUAAUGCCUUGUGUUUGAGUUGAAAGCAGCAUGCCUUUGUCUCAGUAAUCGUGCGCCUAAACUCAGCACAACUUUGCCCACGAGUUCAAUCCUGCCCCUGCCAAUUUUGUUGUCUGUCUAGCUGGCUCUCAUCUGGGUUGGCAACAACGGCAAUUUCACACACCAUGGAAUGGAAGCCAGCAUGAUUAUUGUAUUGUUCUGGAGCAUACACAGGUCACACAGGACUUAUGGUGACUCAGUGCCUAUGGAAUUCUGCUGCUAAGCAUGAGGUCGUGGGUUUGACACCUGUCUGCGGUGAUUGCAAUUCAGUUUAGGCGAAAUGCAAAAACACAUACGUUUUGGUGCGCACUAAGAAAUCCCAAGAGGUCAUAAUUAAUCAAGAGCCCCUGACUACAGCAUCCCACACUGUGACCUGAAGUCAUUACAUCUCGUAAAUAAAUUCCUUAACUUUAGUUAACACAAGGUCACAAAGUGCAGCCACAGAUCCACAUAGAGAUACGAAGUCACCUGUCCAAUUAGCAGAGCAGAUUCCACCCAACGUCAAAGUGUACCCACCAAUAUCUUGAGGAUACCUGCAUGACAUUUCCAUUUGUCUCUUGUAUCAUUCAGCAGUGCACAAGUUGUAGACAUUCAGAUCCCAAUCCCCUGUAUGUCGAUAAAUGACUGUUGUCUCAUUGCAUUAUGAACCACAUUUACCACUGAGCUGCAAUUUUGAAACUCUUGCCUCUUUCAUUCGAGACAUCCCCUGUGGACAAGUCAUAUGGUGGCUUAGAUUGCAACACUAAUGCAAUGAGGCAGUGGGCACUGGUUUAAUGUGACAUUUGGACAGAGCUGUUUGAGUGUGACUUGACUUUCUGAAUUGAGAGCCCGUCCUUUAGGAGAAAGUGCAUGGUAUAAUGUCUAAAAUGUACAGGUUUAGAAGGACAGAAGUGGCACAUGUGUGUCCGAAACAAAGCCACAUCAAACAGUAUGAAAAAAAAAAAAAUACUGGAACAGUGUGGCAGAGAUGGAGCAGCUUGCGGUGCUCCAAGCAACCCAUUUCAGCUUGCAAUUGGCAUAAUAGCACAUGGCCAAUGAGAUUUCACCCUUCAAGGGCCCAGUAAGUAAACCCAGUGAAGUUGCAGCACAUAUUUGUUGCGCGCGGCCUUUCCCCGCACCUGUUCGAAGAUGGUGCAGUAUGUAUCAUUACUUCUUCCACCAGGUUUUCACAUUCUAGUGGUAUGAAUUCCUUACUGAAAGGCCUCUGAAACUUAACUGUUACUCAUUGCAAUAUUUGCACAUAAGUGUUUCACAGGAUGUAUUAAGAAUUAUGUAAUAAAUGCUUUUUGCCAGCAUUAACUUAAGGGGCUGAAAUUUGGAGCACAGCUAAGAAACUUGAAAGCAAGGCAUGCAUACUGUGGUACACAAUGCACGGCAUGAACAACAGCAACAAAACAAUUUCCGUAGCUUGCACUGGAGGCGCAAUGCUAAAGAGAUAGCGGAGCUGAUGGGCACCUAGCUAGUCCUGGCUUUUGGGCUACGCUAAGCACUACCAAGCCAUCCCCAGCAUUUUCCGAAAUUUAUUGGUUAUUGAUCGAUUAGCUAUUGAUUGGCUAUCGCAAGGUAUUGGCCACAUAUUUGGGCUAGGCUAAGCACUACCAAGUCAUCCCCAGCAUUUUCGGAAUUUAUUGAGUAUUGAUCGAUGGUCGAUUAGGUAUUGAUUGGCUAUCAAUGACUGACUAAGCUUAAGUAGUCUCAACCAUGCUUAGCUAGACUUAGCCAGGCUCAGCCUCGCUAGUUCACAGGGGUAUGUGCCAUUGCACGUGGACCCUUUCUGCACUGCCGCCAGGAUCGGCCAACAUAUUCUGUUGACGACAGAUAGAUUACGCUCGGCAUAAACAGCUCCGCUGUUAAAAAAUGUGUUGACCCCUAGUAAGCUGCUAAAGCACCGUAAGUGUUGUCACUGUCAUGCUCAAAAUGCACUUUGUGAUUGACAUGUUGGAUGAGAUGUGACAAAUUAUUGCGCCAUGUGCACAAGUGAUAAGAUUUGUGGAAAGAGCUUUGUGCGAGAACUUGAAAACCGUGCCUGCUUUUCCCAGAUUUUACCUUCGUAAUGUAUGUUUUAUUUCUGCAGCCAUGGCAUGGGCUGUGACUGCAUAACUUCGCUAGUCCAGUGUUGACUUGUUCAGUGGCAUUUGUGAUACUUUUAUUGUUAGUAGAGGUGUGUGUGUACCAGACAUCUUUUCUUUUUUUUCCUUUGACGUCCUCAUGUAAGCUGUGCACAUAGUUUGCGUGCACAUUCUUUGCUUUCAUCCCAUUAUAACCUAUUUAUGCAGCAUUUUUAACGUCCAUGCAUGUUGCGUCCAUAGAUCAUGUAUGCACAUUUAAAUGUAGAAAUAAAAGAAUGUUUCUCCUCUUUU